CCAUCAUCCAUCAUCAUUCUCAUUUUACACUGGUAACGAGACCGCACACUUCAUCCUGGAUGUCAUUGCAUCGUUCAUGACAAUGACCCUUGGCUUGGUCGUGGGCAUCUUCGCCUUGAUGAGGAGCGUUGCUUAAUUAAUGCCAAUCCGUCUUUGCUCAUUUCACGGUAAUAAUUCGCGUUAUUUUGCCCUUGGUCGAAAUACUCCUUUUGCUAAGAAACACAAAUAAAUCACUACCCCGGACAGAUAUAGCACAAGUAACUGGAUCAAUGACGUCUCUACUGCGCAGAAGGCAUAUAUUUGAUGCCUGCCUUUGCGCCCAACAUGGCAUAAGGCGACGCAACUAACCAAAAGUCCAUGGCUGCGGCGUUCCAACACGCCUCUUCUCUUGGAUUUCAACUCUUCUUCUAUUUGCGCUGGAAACGGCCAAUGGCCCAAGAGUGACGUAGAGUCUCUCAUCAACAGCUACGCAGGCUCAGGCGCCUACAUUCACUACAAAGGCAAGCCUUUCGUAUCGACGUUUGAGGGCCCGGACCAAGCGGAAGACUGGAUCGACAUCAAGGCAGACACAGGCUGCUUCUUCGUCCCCGACUGGUCCUCUCUCGAGGCGAAGCCUGCCAUGGCCAGGGCCGAUGGUGUUGCCGACGGUCUUUUCAACUGGACGGCCUGGCCCUUAGGGGGCCAAGACAUGGAUACCUAUGUUGAUGCCUCUUACAAGGACUACCUUGAAGAUCGGCGUGGAGCAGCGGGCACUCGACAAGAAACGACUGGUCCUCGAGAUCCUCUCUAUCGUUCUGCUCGUGCUCUUCAUCGCCGGCGAGCUUGUGAGUGCCGCCUUCGGGGGCGCGGCAGUGGUGGCUCCCAUGGCUUUACUCAUAGGCGAGGUUGGCAACGCUGCUCUCACGAUCGAGAGCAUCGUGAACGACCCGGUUUCGGCACCUUUUGCCAUCAUGGCGCUGCUCGUUGGACCAUAUGAAGGUGCCUCUGAGCGCACUUCGGCUCAAGGGUUUAAAGAAGCGGCAGCAGCGAGAAGGGCCUUGACUUCUGAUAAGCUUGCCCUGCUUGGUGACAGGUCUGUAGAGCAGGAUGCUAGAAUCUAAAGCAUUGUUAAUGCAUGUAGAUAGAGAGGUAUAGAUGUUGAUUCUUGUGACAUAGGACCGUUUGAGGCGCAUCGUUCAAGUCUCUUACACCUUUAUAUAACCGC